AUGGAAGACAAAGGGCACCUUGUAAAGGUCUAUAUGCUUAAUGAAGACCAAGAGUGGGACAAUAUAGGCAUCGGCUACGUCUCGUUCACUUAUGUGGAGCAGUUCGAGGGCGUGGCCAUGCUGGUUCGAUCUGAGUCGGACGACUCUGUGAUCUUGGAGACAAAGAUAAAUCCAAACGAGCCCUAUCAGAAACAGCAAGGGACUUUAAUUGUCUGGACUCAUUCUGACAACCGUGAUAUGGCGUUAAGUUUCCAGGACGAAGGAAGUUGCCACGAGAUCUGGGAAGCCAUUUGCCGGCUUCAAGGAAACCCGACCAUCGAAAUCACACAGGACCUGUUGGAAGGACUCGGAGAGGAACCACCCGACGAAAUGCUAGAUCCCGGGAGUCUCAUCGACCUGCCGAACUGUGAGCUCAAUACGCUUGAACAGAUUUCUGCCUUAGUUACCUCGGUUCUCACCUCGCCUAGACGUGAGGAAAGUCUGGCUGUGCUCUUGGAAAAUGAGGACUAUAUUAAAAAGCUACUGCAGCUGUUCCACAUUUGUGAGAACCUGCGGGAUAUGGAAGGCUUGCACUAUUUGCAUAAAAUUAUUAAAGGAAUCUUAUUCCUCAACAAGACCUCUCUGCUUGAGGUCCUUUUUUCGGAAGAGUGUAUCAUGGAUGUGGUGGGAUGCCUUGAAUACGAUCCUGCUUUGGCUCAGCCGCAAAGGCAUCGGGAAUUCCUGACCCAACAUGCAAAGUUCAAGGAAGUUGUACCAAUAACUGACUCUGAACUUAGGCAAAAAAUACAUCAGACGUACAGGGCACAGUACAUUUACGACAUCGUUUUGCCUGUGCCAUCCCCGUUUGAAGAGAAUGUUCUUUCCACUGUUAUAGCUUUUAUUUUCUUCAACAAGGUUGAGAUAGUCAGCAUGCUGCAGGAAGAUGACAAAUUUUUGUCUGACGUUUUUGCACAGCUAAGAGAUAAGACUAUCAAUGAUGACAGACGACGCGAAUUGGUAUUCUUUUUCAAGGAAUUCUGUGAAUUUUCUCAGAGUUUACAGCCUGAAAGCAAGGAUGCACUAUUCACGACACUGACAGAAUUGGGAAUUCUUCCUGCUCUUAAAAUUGUAAUGAGCGUGGAUGAUUUGCAAAUAAGGUCAGCUGCUACUGAUAUAUUCACUUAUCUGUUGGAGCACAGUCCAUCCAUGAUCCAAGAAUUUAUAAUGGAGGAAGCCCAGCAGAGUGAAGAUGAUAACCUUUUCAUCAAUUUAGUAAUUGGACAAAUGGUCUCUGAUCCUGAUCCUGAGCUAGGAGGUGCUGUUCGUUCAGUGGAACUUCUUCGUGCUCUACUUAAUCCAGACAACAUGCUGGGGACACCUGGUAAAUGUGAAAGAAGUGAAUUUCUAAAUUUCUUCUAUAAGCACUGUAUGCAUAACUUCAUAGCACCACUUUUGGCCGCCACUUCAGAAGAGAUUUGUGAAAAAAAGAAUAUAGCUGGAUCUGACAAAAGCAACAAAUAUUGCUUGUCUGCUGUUCGCUUUAUGAGAAGCAUGGUUGGCCUCAAAGAUGAAUUUUAUAAUGAUUACAUCAUCAAGGGAAAUUUAUUUCAGCCGGUUGUAAAUGUCUUUCUGGAUAAUGGAAAUCGGUACAAUAUGUUGAAUUCAGCAGUUAUUGAACUGUUCGAAUACAUAAGAGUGGAAAAUAUCAAGCCUCUUGUUGCACAUAUAGUUGAAAAGUUUUACAAGGCAUUUGAAUCGAUUGAAUAUGUUCAGACAUUCAAAGGAUUGAAGAUUAACUAUGAAAAAGAGAAAGACCAGCAGAGUCAAAUACAGAAGAAUUUACUUUCCACGCUGUUUCAUAAAGUGUUUCACAGCAGUAGCAAAGUCCUGGAGGAGAAGGAAGAAAUGCGUUUUAAAGAAAGUAUAGAGGAAGAAGAAGCAGUUAGGCCACCGUUGGAAGAUGAUUUUGAAGAUCCUUAUGAUAAGUUUGUGGAGACGACAAACCCAAAAGAAAAUGAAGACAAGGUAGAUCUUCCGAAAAGAACGUCUUCUGGCAACUUCAAGUUUACUUCAUCCCAUUCUGCGAGUAUCCCAAGCAGUAGCAGCAUGAUCCGCUUAGUGGAUUAUCCAGAUGAUGAUGAAGAAGAUACGGAAGAGGAUACACCUCCUGGGAAAAGACCACAUCUUAGCUAG